AUGUCUGACAUCGACGAAAUGGAGCUUGACGACGAGCGCAUAGCGGAGCCGGAACGAACCUUUGACAGCGGCUCGAAGGGGAAGAAGCUUAGUAAAGCCAACCUGCCCGUCAGCGCUGGUGACACUCUUCCUUGGGUUGAGAAGUAUCGUCCCGACACACUCGACGAUGUCUCUGGCCAUGAAGACAUCCUGCAGACCAUCAACCGCUUCGUCGCCACCAACCGUCUCCCGCACCUGCUCUUCUACGGGCCCCCGGGCACGGGCAAGACAUCGACGAUCCUGGCGCUCGCGCGCCACAUCUACGGCGCGCACAACAUCCGGCAGCAGGUGCUCGAGCUCAACGCCUCGGACGACCGCGGCAUCGAGGUGGUGCGCGAGCAGAUCAAGACGUUCGCGUCGACGAAGCAGAUCUUUGGCGGCGUGGCGGGGAAGAAGGAUGGGCUCGGCGCGUUCAAGCUGAUUAUCCUUGACGAGGCGGAUGCCAUGACGAGUGCGGCGCAGAAUGCGCUGAGGAGGAUUAUGGAGAAGUACACGGCCAACACCCGCUUCUGCAUCAUCGCAAACUACACCCACAAGCUCAACGCCGCCCUCCUCUCCCGCUGCACGCGCUUCCGCUUCUCGCCCCUCCCGCUCGCCGCCCUGCGCAAGCGCGUCGACCACGUCAUCGCCGCCGAGUCCGUGCUCAUGACCGACCCCGCGCGCGACGCCCUCCUCAAGCUCUCCCGCGGCGACAUGCGCCGCUCCCUCAACGUGCUACAAGCCUGCCACGCCUCCACCACGCCCAUCGACUCCCGCGGGCACCCGGACCCCACCGCGCAGCGCGAGACAAUCACAGAGACGCACAUCUACGAGUGCAUUGCGGCGCCGCACCCGGAGGAUGUGAGCCUGAUUGUGGAGACGCUGCUGCGCUGCGAUGUCACGACGGCGCUGAGGACUAUUGUGGAGGUGAAGCGGCGGAAGGGGCUGGCGCUGGCGGACCUGCUGGCGUGUUUGGGGGAGGAGUUGGCGGUGUUGGAGGUGCCGGCCCAGACGAGGGUGGUGUGGAUGGAGGGGUUGGCGGAGGUGGAGUGGAGGGUUGGGAGUGGCGGGGGGGAGACGGUGCAGACGGGGGCGUUGGCGGGGGUAGUGAGGAAGGGGGUGGAGGUUAUGAAGCGGUAG